AUGGUCGGCCGUACAUUGCUUUCCGUUGCCAUCGUUGGGGGAGGACCAGGCGGGUUAGGAACCGCCAUUGCCCUUUCUAAGCUGCCAUUCCUUCAGGUAACACUUUACGAGAAGAACCCCGAGCCUCGAGAAGCCGGUGCGGGGAUUAGCUUGAGCACAAAUGCGUGGAAGGUCCUGGACUUGCUCGGAGCAAGUGAUGGGGUCAAGGGAGGAUCCAAAUCUAACACACACCAGAGAAAUGCUUACACUGGAAACAUCUUGAGUGUAACCCAGCAUCCCGAAAAUUCCGACGCAGAUACCCGUGGAGCGAUUCGUGCCCGCAGAACACGACUUCAAUCUGCCCUUCUGGAUAAAGUGCCAGAGGGUCUGAUCCAAUUUAAUAAGAAGCUAGUCUCCCUUGAGGAUCUACCCGGUGCAGGUGUGCGCUUGAUCUUUGAUGAUCAGACAGAUGCACACGCAGAUCUGGUCGUCGGGGCAGAUGGAAUACACUCUAUUGUGCGUCGAGUCCUGUUACCUGAUCAUCAGCUCCGGUUCACAGGAAACACUGCAUUCCGCACCAUUGUGCCCAGGUCGCGUCUGGCUCACCAUCCAGAUAUCACGUCCACCACGGCUUGGUGGUGGGGUGAAGCUGGCCAUGUGUACUUCUCGGAUGUAGAUGAUGAGCAUGAAGUCGAUGAUCCGUUCUUUGAGAUUACCGUGCGAUCUUAUAAGGAGCCAGACAUUCCUGGGAAGACUGUUGUCUGGGGUAUUCCCGCUACGAAGGAGAAAGUGGCAUCUCGCGUUUUGACCUUUGAUCAGCGAGUACGGGAUGCGGUGGAUGCAGUCCACGAAGGCGAGUGGGGGGAGUUCGCUACGUUCGCUGGGCCUCGACUGAGCAAAAUCACUGGCUGGAAUAAGAUCGCCCUGAUUGGUGAUGCUAGUCAUCCACUUUCUGGAGCCUUUGGGUCCGGCGCGACAUUUGCCAUGGAAGAUGGAUGGAUUCUCGCUCGAGCACUGGAACAUUCCCAGUUUGCUUCUCGUCCUGUUGAGGAAGCUCUUGAGGUAUUCAAUGUUAUCAGGUCGCCGUAUUAUGCCAGAAUGUAUGAGCAUUUGGACGAAGUCGGUGCCAAAAUGCAGCAAUUCAAGAAAGAGAAGAACGACUUUGAUGCCUUCUUACAAGCCAAGAUUGACCGUUUCCUCUAUGGGGAUAAAUCUUUCAUUUACAAGAACGAUAUUAAAAAGGUUUGGGAAGAAUAUGUGGCGUCACUGCCAAGUUCAGCUUAG